UGGUAAUUGCAAUUUCACACUGCAGAUCUUCCUGGAUAGGUUGCUUUUUACAGUAGAUGGUGAAACAACUAGCAGAUUGUGCGAUGCCGUGUGUAACAUCAGGAGAUGCGACAGUGGGAUGGUCCCAUAAUCUUAGCCCAGUAUAAAAAUCAACAGAUGGAAACGUUAAUGAACAUUUAUCCUCCGAGUAGAGACCAAGACCUGCCAAGAAGCUUUUUUGUCUUCAUCCUUAGGUGUACGGAAAAACUUUGUACUCUUCCGAAAUGGAGAUUGAAGACUAUUCCCAGCACCAGAUGGACAAAACCUCUUCUGGAAAUAAGCUAUCACCACCAAUGGAUUUAGAGGCGGCGUUAAAGGAAUGCUCCGGCGCCCUCGAUCUCUUCCUUAACAACAGGUUCGCAGACGCAUUGGCUCUUCUCGCACCCUGGAAGGGCCAGAGCAUGUACCACGCGAUGGGGUACAGCAGCAUUCUAGUGAUGCAAGCCGGCAUGACUUUUGACCCAAAGGACAUGAAUGCUGCUAUGGAGGCGCUAAGUGACGCCCUACUUAUAUGCCAGAGGUUCAGAAAGAAAACCGGGAUAAUGGAGACGCUCUCCAAUCUGUGGUAUAGACACUCACCUGAAAGCUUGACAGAAGAGGAAAUGCACGCCGAGCUGUGCUACGCCGAAGUUCUGCUCCAAAAAGCGGCGCUCACCUUCCUGGACGAGAGCAUCAUCGGGUUCAUCAAGGGAGGCAUGAGGAUCCGAAAUAGCUAUCAGAUCUUCAAGGAGUGUCAAGUUAUGGUUCACAACAAUUUGGAAAUGCAGAAAAAUAGUACAAAUGUUCACUUUAAGGGUGGUGUCAGCAUGGGAAUUGGAUCUUUUAAUUUGAUGCUUUCUCUGCUACCAAGUAGAAUCCUCAAACUAAUGGAGUUUUUGGGAUUCUCAGGGGACAGGGAGUUGGGUUUGUCCGAAUUGCGAGCCGGCGCAUCCAGCGGCAGUCUACGCUCGAUUCUCAGCACUUUAACUCUGCUUAUGUUUCACCUUUACAUCUCAGUCAUUCUGGGUUCUGGCGACGUGGACCUGACCGAGGCCGAGGCUUUGCUGGAACCUUACGCGAAAAGAUUUCCCAAUGGAGCUCUUAUGCUUUUCUAUGUUGCCAGAAUUGCCUUGCUGAAAGGAAACAUCCGAUUUGCUCAGGAAAAAUUUCUGGCCUGUAUCGCGGCCCAGCAGGAGUGGCGCCAGAUUCACCACUUGUGCUACUGGGAACUGAUGUGGGCCUACUCUUUUGAACAGAACUGGAGGGAAGCCUAUCAUUAUGCCGAUCUGCUCUGCAAGGAGAGCAAGUGGUCGCAGUCCGUCUACGUGUUCCAGAAGGCCUCCAUACUGAGUAUGCUCCCAGAGGAGGAGGUCCAGAAACUGGGUGAAAAUGUGGUGGACUUAUACAGGGAAGUGGACGGUCUGAGACUAAAGAUGGCCGGGAAGUCCAUCCCGACGGAGAAGUUUGCGGCCAAAAAGGCUCAGCGCUACUCUUCCUCUAAGCCUGGGAAACUGGUCGUACCUGCCCUGGAGAUGAUGUACGUGUGGAACGGCUUCACCAUCGUCGGAAAACGCGCCGACUUGACGGAAAACAUCCUGACUACGUUGGAGAAAGCGGAGGAGGAGCUCAAACAUAAUUCAAACCCGUCCGACUAUCACUUGGAUGACCAGUGCGUAGUUCAACUUCUCAAGGGCUUGUGUCUGAGGCAGUUGGGGCAGCUCGACCAGGCAGAAGUCUGCUUCAACCGUGUCAUAUCCAGCGAAAGUGACCUGAAGCAUGACAACUACCUGGUGCCAUUCACCAUGUACGAGUUGGGCUUGCUGCACAAGCAGAGAGGCGACAUUGAAAAGGCCAUUUUGGUGAUUGAAAGCGCCAAGAUGGACUACAAGGACUACAACAUGGAGUCGCGUCUACAUUUCCGUAUCCACGCCGUGCUCAAUAGCAUGAACUCCAGCGCCGCCAAGAUGCCGCCUUCGCGUACGACGUUGUGAACGCCCCCGUGAUGUCACAUGUAGUACUGACUGUCUUAAAAAGUUAUUUGCCAACUUUUUAUCAAUAGCUUCUCAUGCCAAAAAUGCUUCAUAAUAUAAAUUACGUCUAGGGAUGGGACUUAAUCUGAUGAAUUAGAUGCUUUUUAAUGAAUUAAUUUCAUUUAAAUUGCAUAGCAAUAUUGUACCAGGAAAAUUGUUAACUCAUUCAAUCUUUUGUAAUUAUUUAAUCAUGAUUGACACUUGAAACGCCAACUCCCAGUUACUUCCUGUUUGCUUUCCCAAAGGGAAAUGGAGAGAAAAUACUGGUUGUAUUCUAGUUUUUAAUCUAUAUUAAGUAUUUUGUAUAAAGCUCUUCGUAUAUAUUUUUUCCUAAGUAUGAAAUGUAUCA